CCGCUCAUCUCAAAUAUAUAUAACAGUAAGGAUACAUCUUCGGUGUCAUCAAGUGCAUCUUUGUACGGUUCAUUGUAAAAUGACAUCAAGAUUUAUUAUUCUUCUAAUAGUGUCAAUUAGUUUUAAAACUGUCACUGCAACGUUUGGAAAUGAACACGUACAUAUAAGGAUACACUUGAAAGAAAAAGAAAGCCAUGAUAGUCAUGGACCACCAGGAGGAGGUGGAGGUGAUCAUAUUGAAAUGAGUGGCCCAGGAGGCGGCUGGAGUGGUGCAGGUGGAGGCGGAGGUGGUGGAUACGGAGGAGGUGGAUUUGGUGGUGGUGGUGGUCAUGGAGGAGGAGGAGGUGGAUUUGGAGGUGGUCAUGGAGGAGGUGGAUUUGGUGGUGGUGGUCACGGUGGCGGACACGGUGGUGAUUUUGGAGGAUCUGGAGGUGACUCUUUUGGAGGAUACGGAGAUUCUGGAGGCGAUUUUGGUGGGCAUGGAGGUGGUGGAUUUGGUGGAUCUGAUUCACAUGGUUCUGGAGGUGAUUUUGGAGGUCACGGAGGAGGCGGAGGUGGAUCUGGAGGAUUUGGAGACUCUGGUCAUGGAGGAGAUAGUUACGGACCACCAUCGUCUAGUUAUGGACCACCUUCUUCAAGUUAUGGAGCACCAUCAUCAGGCCAUGGAUCACCAUCGUCUAGUUAUGGACACCAUCGUCUAGUUAUGGAGCACCCUCAUCAGGCCAUGGAGGAGGAGCUCCUUCUUCAAGCUAUGGAGCACCACCAUCAUCAAGUUAUGGAGCACCAUCGUCUAGUUAUGGAGCGCCAUCAUCAGGUGGCGGAGGAGGAGGAGGAGGAGGAGGAUGGUCAUCAUCAGGAGGUGGAGGCUUCUCAUCAGGUCACGGAGGAUCGCCAUCUUCAAGUUAUGGAGCACCACCAUCUUCAAGUUAUGGAGCACCUCCAUCACAAAGUUAUGGACCUCCUUCUACUAGUUAUGGAGUACCUUCUUCAGGAUUUGGAAGCAGUGGGCAUGGAGGCAGUUCAUCUGGAUUUGGAGGUCACGGAAGUUCUGGAGGUUAUUCUGGAGGAGGAGGAGGAGGAGGAGGUGGAGGUGGUCACGGUGGAUUUUCAUCAAGUUUCGGUGGUGGAUCUUCAAGUUAUUCUGGAGGUCAUGGUAGUUCUGGAGGAUAUUCUUCUGAAGGUCACGGUAGUUCUGGAGGAUAUUCUUCUGGAGGUCACGGCAGUUCUUCUUUCUCUUCUGGAUUCAGUGGCUCUGAUUCUUACUCUUCAGGUGGUAGCGGUGGUAGCUUUUCAGGAUAUCACAAAAAGUAAAAGUUGUGUAUAUAUAAGUUGAUAUUGUUAAAUCCUCGAGGCUACAA